AUGGCGCACAAAUUCGUCUUCACAGCCUUCCUGACGGGCUCCCGCAUCCUCGGCCGAUCCUUCGCAGCAGCAUACAAGCAGGCCCAGGCCGCGACGGCCUACCAACGCGCCCAGGCCAAGGCCGGCAACACCGUCGGAGGCGGCGCCUCCCUCUCGUCGGGCAUGACCCUGGAUGAGGCCUGCCGCAUCCUCAACGUCAAGCCCCCGGCCGGGGGACAGGCCAACGUCGACGAGGUUCUCCAGAGGUACAAGAGGCUCUUCGACGCCAACGACCCCGAGAAGGGCGGCAGUUUCUACCUCCAGAGCAAGGUGUUCCGCGCCAAGGAGCGCUUCGAGAGGGAGCUCGGCCCCAUACGCGAGAAGAUGGAGCAGGAGGCCGAGAUCAAGGAGGGGUUCAAGCCAAAGAUUUACAAGGACCGGUAG